CGUGCUGCCUCCUGCGGUGCAAGGUCGGCGCGUCUUAGGACGCCCGAUGACGCAAGCACGCUUAGUUCCACCGGCCUCCCCAGGGCACCUUUCUUCAAGAGUGGGAUGCGUCUCGUGUCCAUGCGGAGACCUUUAGCGCGCUCCCGCCUUCAGCCUAUUGAGCGUCUUCCAUAACAGCGGGGAAGCAGCAAUGGGGGUGGGGCCACGUCUCUGACGCAAGGGGGCGGCUUGUCCAGGUGUCGUCAGCGAGAGCGGUGUCGUCAUCGCUAUUCCUUUGCCGGGGAGGAAGCGCUGCCUUUUUUCUCAGCGGGCGAAGAAGCCGGUUCCUUCCGCUCAGCCGCCAUCGCCGCAUUCCGAAGCCCCGCAGGAUGAAGAUCUGGAGUUCGGAACACGUGUUCGGACAUCCAUGGGACACUGUGAUAAAAGCUGCUAUGCGAAAGUACCCCAAUCCCAUGAACCCAUCUGUAGUAGGAGUUGAUGUUCUGGACCGAAGCCUUGAUAGUCAAGGACGGUUGCACAGCCACCGACUUCUGAGCACUGAAUGGGGCCUGCCAAGUAUUGUUAAAGCUAUUCUGGGAACAAGUAGAACUGUUACAUAUAUUAAAGAACAUUCUGUGGUAGAUCCAAUGGAAAAGAAAAUGGUGCUGUGCUCCACGAAUAUUACACUUACAAAUCUUGUAUCAGUUGAUGAACGAUUAGUCUAUACACCUCACCCUGAAAAUCCUGAAAAAACUGUGCUAACCCAAGAAGCAAUUAUUACAGUGAAAGGUGUUAGCCUCAGCAGUUACUUAGAAAGUUUAAUGGCAAAUUCAAUAUCCUCCAAUGCAAGAAAGGGUCGAGAAGCCUUGGAAUGGGUGAUUGGCAAACUGAACACAGAGUUUGAAGAACUGACUUCAUCCACACGAGGGAAUGUGAAGGCAGCAAUGGCAGCAGCUUCAAUGGAGAAUUGAUGGACUGUAACAGAGAACUUUAUUUUUCCAUUAGUUUUUUUUUUUGCCAAGAUGGAUACUCCAUAGUUUUUUAUAUAUUUGUUUAUAUUAUGAGAAUUUUACAGAAUAGAAGCUACAUUUUCCCCUAAAAUGAUUGGUCUCCUUAGGCAUCUAUGUGUUCACAGUGCAGAUGAAUGCAACAGUUUUUUAGUUAAAAAUUUCCAUGACUUGUAGCUACAAUAGCCUGGCGUCUCCAAAUUACAGUGACCUCAAGUCCCACUAAAGUGAAUAGAUGCUGCUUAUAAAAUAUAUUAUUACCAAACUGUGCCUUGAUCAGAUAGCUAGAGAACAGAGUUUCCAAUGUAUAUCACAUUUUAUUGUGCUUGAUACUUAAUAUUUAUUUAUUUUUUUAAAGUGCAGCUGCAAUUGUUCUGUAAAGAACACCUAGGUACAAAAGCACUGGAAAUUUUGUCAGUCUCCAAAGAUAAGUUCAGAGAAGGAGCAAGGACCGCACAGAGAUGGUUGACAGGGAAAGCUUACUCUGAGACACUUUACCCAGUUUUUCUGGGUAAAGGCCUCUUUGCUUUUUGAGGCUCAUGAGCAAGCCAUGCUGAAAUGAAGGUUAAUGAAGCAGCAUGGUUGUCUGGGUGGGUUGUGUCCUCAGUUGAAGGCCGCUGGUCUCUCUGCAUGAAGCUUGGUCUUCUGGGCACUAACUUUUCUUGGACUGUUGAUCUGUAGUGUCUGAACUAAAUAUGCAAUACUUGACCUCUAGUAUUUAUAAUCAAACCACUGAUAAGGCAAAGUUCCAACUCUUACGCUGGAGUAAAACAUCUUGAAACUUUUAAAAAAAUCCAUAGAUGUGUUCAUCAGAGUAUAUUCACUCUGGUUGCCUAUGUGAAAGCACUGAUAACUUCAGUGGGAAGGGCUGGAUGUGUUUCUUUCUAUUUACAGUUUCUUCCAUCCAGCAUUUGGAGUCCGAGUUGCUUAGCUCCUUUCUUAAUUUACACAACAGGUUAUGAAAUGGUGACAGACCUAUUCCAUGUCAAGUCCACUUCAUUCCCUGUUUCUGGCUUUCAGGUUCUCUGAAGGAGCCUGCUUUGUGGUUGAAGGGAGUAUGACAUGAAGAACAGCUCAGCUGGGCCUUUGUGAACCCAGUACUUUUGACUAAGCCCAUUCCAACUUCAUGGAUCUUUCUUCUAAGUAAUGCAUUUCAGUAAGGUCAAAUGGAAUACAUGUCAAACUCAGUUGUGGUGACUAUAGGCAUACAUAGUUUAUGCAGAAUACUACUUAAAAGGAAAAAUAAAAAAGAAAGUAAAACUUUA